UUUGCAGGCUGAGGCGUUGCUCGCUCGCUCCUCCGCUCCUUGACCAUCAGCUGUUGCUCCCAGCGCCGCACCCGAGGACUUCGCCUUCUUUCCACAUUUCACAUCUGGAUCCAGGCACAGAAGUCUCGGAGGGAAGGUUUUCCUCGCCUGCCCUGCGCGGACGGGUUUGGGAGCGCCUCUCCGCCAGUGCAUUUGAAGAGGCAGGAACCAACAUCUAUAUACAAGAAGGGCUCUGAUGGCCAGCAACAACACCACCAGCAUAGCGCAAGCAAGGAAGCUGGUGGAACAGCUCAAAAUGGAGGCCAAUAUCGACAGAAUAAAGGUAUCCAAAGCUGCAGCAGACCUGAUGGCGUACUGCGAAGCCCAUGCCAAGGAAGAUCCCUUAUUAACUCCUGUCCCUGCUUCAGAAAAUCCAUUCAGAGAGAAGAAGUUCUUCUGUGCCAUUCUGUAAACCUCACAGGAGCCUGACUCCAAUUUGGGCUGCCCUGGACACUGAUGUAGAGAUUUUUCAGCAACGUGGACAAGUUUCUAGAGUCCACUUACUUUAAGAAAAAUAUAUCAAAUCAUCUGGAAGUUUACAGAGAAGUGCAUGAUAAAAAAGUGAAUUCCUGCCUUCUUUGGAGAACGAGUUAAUGAUACUGACCUACAUCAAGAGGCUAAAGAUCUUGACAUCUGCAGAGUUGCCUGGAGAAGGAGGAAGGGGGAAAAUGUGUAAAAGAGUAAAUUUAAUUUUCACUUUUGCUCUGGCCAAACAAAACCCUAUUGUCUUUAUCUGGAAAAAAAAAUGAGGGUGCGCAGAGCAAGGUUGCAAAUGAUGCAACAGGGUAUGUGUAUGUAACCUAUUAUUUUGUUUUGCUUUUCUCAAAUGUCACUCUUAUUUAUGUUGAAAUGUAAAAUAAUUGCAAUGGAUUCAAUUUAUUCUGAUGUUCCUUAGUGUGGAGUAUUGUGCAUAUUUAGCAUUUUAGAGUAGUGCCACACGAGGGGGUGGGGUGGGCAGGGAUCAAAUUUACAGUAGUCUAGACAUUUUAUCCAAGGGUUUAGUUGAGACUGUGUCCUUGUUUUUCACAGGCCCACAGGCUGUCUUGUGCAUUCCUAGCAUACUUAGUAUUACUGUUUUCUAACAUUUGUAUUUGGUAGCUUUUGUUCUGCUAGUAAAAUGUAUGUUGUAUUGGAUUCUGCAGUUUGUUCUCUUCACCUUGUUCCCCAGUGUUUUCUGCUAUUAAGUCAAGAGUGAGCAAAUUUCAACCUUCACAGAUUUGUUUUGGUACUUGGUAAACCACAAUUUAUGGUUUAUUGUAUUUUGAGAGUACAACUACUUAUGUAAUUUAAUACCAGGCUUAAAUAAUGGCUUAGAGUAAUGCAGGAAUCCAGUUACUGGCUGGGUUCAUAUUAUAUAAUUACCUGUGGUUAACUGGUUUACUCAGUUAAUGUUCUGGGUUGACCUGAGAUAUUAAACUAUACUGAUGUAAAACUAACCACAUGGAUAGGUUCACACAGUAUAUGAAGCUAAAGAAGGUUUAUGAUUCAAUUUGUUCUGUGAACAGCAUGUGUGUUGUCCCAGGAUUGGAAUACAGCAAUUAAUGGAUGAAAAGAGAAAUUUGACAGCAGAAUCAAUCAUCCAGACAAAUGGAGGCUAAAUUGCCAUCUAUUGGGAAUGCUUGAAGUUGGAUUUCUGUAUUAAUUAAGAGAUGGGUCUCAAUUUGCCCUUUCUAUUAUAUGAUUCUCUGUGAGCAACAGCAUACAGCAGAGAUAUAUCUUUAAUUUUCCAGAUGCUGCUCAAUUGCAGUUGCAGCCAACAUGGCUAAAGAUGAGCAAUACUUGGAGUUCACAUCUCUGCUUUAAGACAGUGUUUCUCAACUUCAGUAGCUGUAAGAUGUGUGGACUUCAACUCCCAGAAUUCCCCAACCA